AACCUGUUUGUGACAUUUUUCAUUAGUUUUUUUCUCUGUUUGUCUAAUCUACAUGGUCAGGGCACAGUAACAUCAAUGCCAAUGAAAGCUGAUAUUUACUUAAUGAUACAUUUCAAUGGGCCCACAGUCAGCAAAAAACUGGUUUUAAAAGGAAGCCUCUGCUGACAGUCAGUCACAUCCACCAGCCAUGAGGGUGUUCCUUCUAGCUCUCACUGUGGCCCUUGCAGCGGGUUCUCAGGUCAGCUUUGCCCCAGAAUUUGCUACUGGAAAGACCUACGUGUACAGAUAUGAAGCAUUUCUCAUGGGCGGCCUGCCUGAGGAGGGUCUGGCACGGGCUGGAGUGAAAAUCCGGAGCAAGGUUAUGAUCAGUGCCGUGGCUGCUGACACCUUCAUGCUGAAGCUUGUAGACCCUGAAAUCUUUGAGUACAGUGGCAUCUGGCCCAAAGAUGCUUUCAUCCCAGCCACCAAGCUCACCUCAGUCCUGGCUGCUCAGCUUUUGACACCUGUCAAGUUUGAGUAUGCUAACGGUGUUGUUGGUAAAGUGUUUGCACCGGCUGGUGUUUCUGCAACUGUGCUGAACAUCUACAGGGGAAUCCUCAACAUCCUCCAGCUGAACAUCAAGAAGACUCAGAACGUUUACGAGCUGCAAGAGCCUGGAGCUCAGGGUGUGUGCAAGACCCAUUAUGUCAUCAGUGAGGACGCAAAGGCUGACCGCAUUCUUCUGACCAAGACCAAGGACCUGAACCACUGCCAGGAGAGAAUCAUUAAGGACAUCGGCUUGGCUUACACUGAGAGAUGCGUCGAGUGUGAAGCUAGAGGAAAGACCCUGAAGGGAGCAGCUGCCUUUAACUACGUCAUGAAGCCAGCAUCCACAGGUGCUCUCAUCUUGGAGGCAACUGCUACAGAGUUGAUUCAGUUCUCUCCUUUCAACAUCUUGAACGGUGCCGCCCAGAUGGAGGCUAAGCAAAUCCUGAAAUUCCUGGAGAUUGAGAGGAUCCCAGUAGUGCCCAUCAGAGCUGAAUAUCUUCACCGUGGAUCCCUGCAGUACGAGUUUGGCACCGAGCUUCUCCAGACACCCAUCCAGCUUCUGAGGAUCAGCAAUGCCAAGGCUCAGAUUGUUGAGAUUCUGAACCAUCUGGUGACCUUCAAUGUGGCCAAAGUCCAUGAAGAGGCCCCUCUGAAGUUUAUUGAGCUCAUUCAGCUGCUGCGUGUGGCCAGAUUUGAGAGUAUUGAGGCUCUCUGGGCUCAGUUCAAAGUUAGACCUGACCACAGGCACUGGAUCCUGAAUGCUGUCCCCGCCAUUGGUACUCAUGCUGCUCUGAGGUUCAUCAAGGAGAAGUUCCUGGCCAAUGAGUUGACUAUUGCUGAAGCUGCUCAAGCUCUUUUGGCUUCUGUGCACAUGGUGACAGCCGACCUGGAGGCCAUCAAGCUUGCUGAGGGCCUUGCUAUGAACCACAAGAUCCAAGAAAAUCCAGUCCUGCGCGAGAUUGUCAUGCUCGGCUAUGGCACUCUGGUCGCCAAAUACUGUGUAGAGAACCCAACUUGCCCAGCUGAGCUUGUCAGGCCAAUCCAUGAAAUCGCUAUCCAGGCUGUUGCCAGAGGUGAAUCUGAGGAGCUCAUUGUCGCUCUCAAAGUUCUGGGUAAUGCUGGACAUCCUGCCAGCCUUAAACCAAUCAUGAAGUUCCUGCCCGGCUUUGGAAGUGCUGCUGCCAACCUGCCCCACAGAGUUCACGUUGAUGCUGCUCUGGCUCUGAGGAACAUUGCAAAGAAAGAGCCCAAGAUGGUCCAAGAAGUUGCUGUUCAGCUGUUCAUGGACAAGGCUCUCCAUGCAGAGCUCCGUAUGGUUGCUGCCAUUGUGAUGUUUGAGACAAAGCUGCCCAUGGGCCUAGUGACCACCCUCGCCGACGCCCUCUUGAAAGAAUCAAAUCUGCAGGUCGCCAGCUUUGUCUACUCUUAUAUGAAGGCCAUGACCAAGAACACAGCCCCUGACUUUGCUUCUCUUGCUGCAGCCUGCAACGUUGCUGUGAAGAUCCUCAGCCCCAAAUUCGACAGACUGAGCUACCGCUUCAGCAGAGCUUUGUAUUUCGAUGCCUACAACAACCCCUGGAUGAUGGGUGCCGCUGCCAGCGCCUUCUAUGUCAACGAUGCUGCAACCGUUUUGCCAAAAGCCAUUGUGGCCAAAGCUCGCACCUACCUGGCCGGAGCUUACGCUGACGUUCUUGAGAUCGGAGUAAGAACUGAGGGGGUCCAGGAGGCCUUUUUGAAAAUCCGCGAGGCUCCUGACAAUGCUGACAGGCUCACCAAGAUGAAGCAAGUUAUGAGGGCUCUUUCUGAGUGGAGGGCAAAUCCUUCAAGCCAGCCCCUGGCUUCCAUGUAUGUGAAAUUCUUCGGACAAGAAAUUGCUUUUGCCAACAUUGACAAAGCUGUUGUUGAUCAGAUCAUUCAGUUGGCCAGCGGACAUGCACUCCACACUUAUGGCAGGAGGGCUUUGGAUGCUCUGCUGUCUGGUUUGCAGUUGCAUUAUGCUCAACCAAUGCUGGUUGCUGAGGUCCGUCGCAUCCUUCCCACCGCUGUUGGUCUGCCCAUGGAGCUGAGUUUCUACACUGCUGCUGUGGCUGCUGCAUCUGUUGAAGUCCAAGCCACUGUGACACCACCUCUGCCUGAGAAUUUCCAUGCUUCCCAGCUUCUGAAGUCUGACAUCAACAUGAGGGCUGCAAUUUCUCCUAGUGUCUCUAUGCACACCUAUGCAGUUAUGGGCGUGAAUACUGCUUUCAUCCAGGCUGCCCUGCUGUCAAGAGCCAGAGUUCACACAGUCAUUCCAGCAAAGAUGGAAGCAAGAAUUGACAUGAUCAAUGGCAACUUCAAGCUUCAGUUCCUGCCUGUUCAGGGCAUUGAUAAGAUUGCAUCUGCACUUGUUGAGACCUUUGCUGUUGCAAGAAAUGUGGAAGACCUCACAGCUGCCAAAAUCACACCAAUGAUUCCAGCUGAAGUUGCAGCACAGCUGUCAAGGGAGACCUUCUCUUCAAAGAUUUCUAGGAUGACAUCCUCUCGGGCUGGUGGUUUGUCAGCAUCAUCUGAAAUCAUUCCUGUUGACCUGCCAAGACAAAUUACCAACAGACUCAAACUACCCAAGGCCUUCGAGAAGAAAAUGUGCGCUGCAUUUGAAACCUUCGGAAUAAAGGCAUGCACUGAGAUUGAAUCUCGCAAUGCCGCCUUCAUCAGAGACUCCCCACUCUAUGCCAUAAUUGGAAAACAUGCUGUCUUGGUUGAGGUGGCUCCAGCUGCUGGACCAGUCAUCGAGAAGAUUGAAAUUGAGAUUCAGGUUGGAGACAAAGCAGCAGAAAAGAUCAUCAAAGUGAUCAACCUGAGCGAGGAAGAGGAAAUUAUUGAGAACAGGAAUGUCCUGCAGAAGCUCAAGAAUAUCUUGGUUCCUAGUCUGAAGAACAGCACUGUGGUAUCCUCCAGCUCCAGCAGCUCCCGUUCCCUCAGCUCUCGCUCCAGCAGCUCCCGCUCAAGCAUCUCCUCCUCUUCAUCGUCCAGCUCCUCCUCUCACCGCAUCCGCUCAAGCAGCCAGUCCAGCAGCCACUCUGCCAGCUCCAGCUCUUCCAGGUCCAGUGCCCUGUCCAAGCAAGAACUGUAUGACAUUGAGUUUACCAAGAACCACAUCCACCGGCAUGCCCUCUCCACAGCUGGCGUCAACAGCCAAAGCAGUGCCUACAGUUUUGAAGCCAUUUACAAUAAGGCCAAGUACCUCGCUAACGAUGUGACUCCCGCCGUGACCGUUCUCAUCCGUGCUGUAAGAGCCGACCACAAGGUUCAGGGAUACCAGAUCGCAGCUUACUUCGACAAAGCUACUGCCAGACUGCAGGUCAUUUUUGCCAACCUGGCUGAGAACGACCACUGGAGGAUCUGUGCUGAUGGCAUGAUGCUGAGCUACCACAAGCUGAUGGCCAAGAUUGCCUGGGGCAUUGAAUGCAAGCAAUACGAGACUGAGAUCACAGCUGAGACCGGUCUUGUGGGUCAAGAGCCUGCGGUCCGCCUGAAGCUGACCUGGGACAAACUUCCAAGGGGAAUGCAGCGCUAUGCAAAGCAGCUCUCUGAGUUAAUUUCCCGUUUUGCUCAUGAAAACGGAGUAAGCCUGGCAAAGGUCAAGAAUGUUCGUAAUCAGAUCAAACUGACUGUGGCUGUUGCUUCUGACACAAGCCUGAAUGUUGUGCUGAAGACACCAAAGAGGACUAUUUACAAACUUGGAGUGGGUCUCCCCAUUUCUCUGCCUUUUGGAGAAACUGCUGCUGAGCUGGAGGCUUACCAGGACAACUGGGCUGACAAGAUUUCUUACAUAGUCACCAAGGCUCAUGCAGCUGAGUGCACCAUGAUCAAAGACACACUGAUCACAUUCAACAACAGGAAACUCAAGAAUGAGAUGCCCCACUCUUGCUACCAGGUCUUGGCACAGGACUGCACCCCAGAACUCAAAUUCAUAGUUCUGCUGAAGAGGGACCAAGCACAGGAGCAGAACCAGAUCAAUGUGAAGAUUGCAAACAUUGAUGUUGACAUGUAUCCAAAGGACAACGCUAUCGUGAUGAGGGUUAAUGGAGUAGAAAUCCCCAUCAGCAACCUGCCAUAUCAGCAUCCCACAGGCAAAAUCCAGAUCAGACAGAGAGGCGAGGGCAUCGCUCUCCAUGCUCCCAGCCAUGGUCUUCAGGAGGUCUACCUGGAUCUGAACACACUGAAGGUUAAAGUUGUGGACUGGAUGAGAGGACAGACUUGCGGACUCUGUGGAAAGGCUGACGGAGAAAUCAGACAGGAGUACCGCACACCCAACGAACGCCUGACCAAGAACGCAGUUAGCUACGCUCACUCCUGGGUUAUGCCUGGAACGAGCUGCCGUGAUGCCUCUGAGUGCUACAUGACUCUUGAAUCUGUGAAGCUGGAGAAGAAGGUGAUGCUCCAUGGUCAGGAAUCCAAAUGCUACUCUGUUGAGCCUGUGCUGCGCUGCCUGCCCGGCUGCAUGCCCGUAAGGACCACCACUGCUGCCGUCGGCUACCACUGCCUGCCUGCUGAUUCUAACCUGAGUCGUACUGAGGGUCUGAGCAGCAUCUAUCAGAAGAGUGCUGACAUACAAGAAACAGCAGAAGCUCACCUGGCCUGUCGCUGUACCGCUCAGUGCGCUUAAUCUCAUUGCCUUCAGUCAUGUUGUGUUUCAUUUUCUGUUUCAAGCAAAUAUUCCUAAUUAUUUUUGUUUGAGCUGUAAACUUGAAUAAAUUACAGAAGCACGUGAAACAACUGUUGUCUGAAAUUAAUUACAAAUGCAACUGCUAUAUACAAAUACAAAAAAAGUCCUUUAUCCUAAUAAGAGAUCAUUCAUCCUUUAUACUCAUUAUCAUACAUGUUGAAAUGAAGAACACCUAAUAAA